UCCCUUCGCUCUGCUCUUUGCUCUGUUCAAUUCUUAGCUACUUGCAUGUCUCAUCCUUUCAAAGAACUGAUCUGAAGAGGAAACAAAAUGAAAGACACCAUAGUUCUGUACCCAGUUCCGGGCCUUAGCCACCUUGUCUCCAUGGUUGAACUUGGGAAGCUAAUCAUCCGCCACCAUAGUCACGGCUUCUCUGUCACAGUCCUCCUCAUCCAAACCGACUCAGUCAGCAACCCUACCGUAGAUUCUUACAUCGAUCAUGUCUCUCAAACAGACCCGUCAAUCGUGUUCCACCGCUUCCCUGCUCUUCCUAAACUUGAAUCUUCAACCCCCUCCUUCUUACAAACCAUCCGUCGUAACAAUCCAAACCUCCUCCACACCCUCCAAACCAUCUCCAACUCUUCCUCCAUUGCAGCCCUUGUGGUCGAUUUCUUCUGCUACUCUGCCUUCCCUAUUGCCGCCGACCUAAACAUCCCUCUUUACAACUACAUGCCGACCGGUGCCUCUGGUCUUUCCGUCUUCCUUUACCUUGCAAAGAUUCAUAACCAGACUGACAAGAGCCUCAGGGAGCUUGGCAACACUAAUCUCGACAUCCCGGGAUUGCCCAUAAUUCGUGCUGCACAGAUGCCGGAGCUUGUACUUGAUCGAAACAAUGAGUUCUACGAUGCUAUGUUGGACUUGUCAAACCAUCUCCCCAAAUCAAGGGGAAUUAUAUCAAACACCUUUGAAGCACUAGAGCCAAGAGUAAUCGAGGCGGUCACACAACAAAUGCCGGCUUUUUUCUGUAUUGGACCAUUAGUUGUAGAACCCAUAGAUAAAUCUACUGAGUCAGAUUGCUUGAAGUGGCUUGAUGCGCAACCCAGUCGAAGUGUUGUGUUCUUGAGCUUCGGAAGCCGCGGCGUAUUCCCGGCGAAACAGAUUGCAGAGAUCGCUGCUGGGCUUGAGAGAAGUGACCAGAGGUUCUUGUGGGUGGUGCGAAGUCCUCCACCGGAUAGUGACAAACGGUUUUCAUUUUCGGCUACGGAAGAUUUCGAUCUUGACGCUGUGAUGCCGGAGGGGUUUCUUGAUCGGACCAGAGACAGGGGACUGGUGGUGAAGUCGUGGGCGCCGCAGGUAGAGGUGCUGAGUCGGGAAUCGGUGGGCGGAUUCGUGACUCACUGUGGGUGGAACUCCAUUUUAGAAGCGGUGUGCGCUGGGGUGCCAUUGCUGGCUUGGCCGCUCUAUGCGGAACAGGAAGUGAAUAAGGUGGUUUUGGUGGAGGAGAUGAAGUUGGCAAUGCCAAUGGAGGUGGCGGAGGAGGAUGGGAUUGUGGUGGCCGCCGAGGUUGAGAAGCGAGUCAGAGCGUUGAUGGACUCGGAGGAGGGAACAGAGAUGAGAGAACGGUGUAGGGAAAUGAGGAAGAAGGCCUUGGCUGCAUGGGCUGAAGGUGGAUCGUCAAAGACUGCGUUUACCAAUUUGGCCGAGUCGUGGGAACGGAGAUAAAAACUCGGACGUGUCGUCCGUGUCAAACUGAUUCAGUAUCAUCAGCUCGUUAUCUCAAGAA